UUUCGCAGGUAGGCCAAGAUGGACGUCGAGGCUGCGCUCCUGGAGAACUCUCCGACACUCUCGACCAUCUCGUCCGACUGCACGGACACCACGUACUCCGGCCCCGGGUCCCCCUACUCCCCGGAGUCCCCGAUCAUCGUCAAGCCCACCUACAAGAAGACCAAGGAUGACGAGGUCACGCCUAGACCAACGCCCAGGCAUCCACUGCCGCCCAGGAAGCCCAACUUCCGGAUACGACCGCCCUACCUUAUGAUCUGUAUCAGCAUCCUCGAGAUAGCCGUCCACUGUUUGGGGGAUGAAGCGACCUUGCGCAGGUGGUUGGUCUACGACCCGCGUCAGAGGGUCCAGGGAUGGAGGUUCGCCUCGUACAUGCUCCUGCACUGGAACGCACUUCACCUUGCACUCAACGUGGUCAUCCAGCUGGUGCUGGCCACUCCGCUCGAGGUGGAGCAGGGUCGAAUAGGCGUCGCGACGAUCUAUCUGGGCGGAGGCGUCUGCGGAGCUUUGGGAGCGUCCCUUCUGCAGCCGAGUCUGUUCCUGAUGGGCGCCUCUGCAGGUGUUUACGCGUUGCUCACCAGCCAUCUCGCGCAUCUUUACUUGUGUCACGGUGAGCUACGUUACGCCAGCUGGCGUCUGGCCGCCGUGUUGUUGCUGGCCAGCGCGGACGUGGCGUCGCUUCCGGUCCCGGCGUUGCUCGGUUGCGGAAGGGUCGGUUGGGCGGCGCACGUGGCCGGUGCCCUCGCGGGGCCCCUUUUGGGCCUGGCGGUGUUCCCGAACCAGAGCAAGAAGGACGCCAGGGGACGUAGAUUCGUCAGGUUCGUGCGCCUGUUGUCGGCCAUCAGCGUGAUGCUGCUGGCAGUGGGCGCCAUCUUCGGCAACAUCUACCUGAUCGCUCUGCCCCAGCUCAGAAAGCCAUCCUGACAGAGGAUCGAGCUGCUCGUCAAGUUCUGCAGGCGGUCGUUCCUCAUCAUCAAGAUCCGGGAGGCCGCCGAGAGCGUUUUCGAGUAGAACCGCCCCUGGAAAUCUUCACGGAAUAGAAACUCUUGGGGGAAAAAUUAAUUAGAAAUUGUGAUUGCCGGGAGAAAGAAUUUUGGAAUCGAUUGGAAUUUCGAAACGAUCGUGCGGUGGUUCGAUACCGCGUUGGUUUGGACGUUCAAAAGUGAUGCUGAAAGCG